GCCCCAAUCUACAAAAACCCUCAUCGGCUCUUCCUUCUCAGAACUCCCCCUAUAAUACCAUCUCAAACCCUAAUCCCUUCAUCCUUUUCUCUAUUGCCGUCCCUCCCAAUUACCCUUCAGAGCGAGAGAGAGAGUGAGAAUCUUAGAGAGAGAAAAUGAAGUAUAACCCUAGAGUUUCAAGCUCACGCAGGAAGUGCCGUAAGGCGCACUUCUCCGCCCCUUCCAGUCUCCGUCGUGUUAUCAUGAGCGCCCCUCUUUCCGGCGAUCUCCGCAGCAAGUACAACGUUCGAUCCAUGCCAGUUCGCAAGGACGACGAAGUACAAGUUGUUAGGGGUACCUUUAAGGGUCGCGAGGGAAAAGUUGUCCAAGUUUAUAGGAAGAAAUGGGUGAUCCAUAUUGAGAGGAUUACCCGUGAGAAGGUUAAUGGGUCUACCGUUAAUGUUGGAGUUCAUCCUUCAAAGGUUGUUAUCACUAAGCUCAGGCUUGACAAGGAUAGGAAAUCACUGUUGGAUCGUAAGGCCAAGGGAAGGGCUGCAGCUGAUAAGGAUAAGGGUUCCAAGUUUACAACUGAGGAUAUCAUGCAGCAGAUUGAUUAAUUUUGGUAAUUGAAAUUAAAUCAGAGUUUCUGCGUUUCUGUUUAUGUUUAGUUUUUGUGAUUCUGAGUCGAUCUUUAAAUCUGUUUUUUUGGAACUGGAUUACAUUAGAAUUUUGUUAUUUUAUAAGCGGAUUUUGGACCUCUCUAUGGUAGUUCUAUGUUGAAACUCUAUAUUUGUCCAAGUAAUUCGAUACGUUUUAUCAUUUUA